ACAAAUACAAAAAAGCCUAAACAGCUUUUGGCAGUCACUGAGUCUAGGCAGUAGAGGAGCAUCAAGCACAGACUUUGCACGCUGCUAGAAGGAUCUAUUACAUUGAAAAAAUUAGGAGAGGGCACAAGUGUGACCAGACUGCUGUCUGAAAAGGAAGAGAGCUGAGAGCAGUGAGGACUGUGAGCAGAGCCUUCUGAAUCAGCAGAGCUCAAGAGGAAUCCAAGAUGUGGAAGAGGUCAAAGGUGACCGAUCAGACUGCCGCUGGGCAGGCAGGCAUCAAGAAGAAGUCCAAAGUGCCCGGUGUCAUGAUAACGCAGUUUAUAGAGGAACUUCCAGAAGGACUGUCAACCCCAGAUUUCACCCGCAAACCCAUCGCUUUGACUAUUCAAGAGGGUAAAGCGGCAGUCUUUAAAGCCAUAGUAGUGGGCACUCCAACACCUGCUGUAACGUGGAGCAGAGCGAAUGGAGAGAUAACGUUUCACCCUGACGUGUGCCUGCAAAAGUAUGACGAGGCAUCUCAUGAACACACCCUUGAGUUCCCUAAGGUCGCUCCGGAGGAUGCUGACACCUACAAGUGUUUUGCAACAAAUGAGUAUGGAAGGGCUGUUUGCACUGUUGUCUUGAAUGUUAUUCAGGUUGGAUUCUCUAAGACUAAGGAACUUCAAAAGGUGCAAGGAGAAGAUGCAACAGACUUCAGAAAAAAACUAAAAAAGCGUAAUCCGGAUGGCACACGCGAAGAAAAGCCAAUGGAGCCGGAGGAGAAGGUUUGGGAAAUUCUGCUUAGUGCCGAGAAGAAGGACUACGAGAAGAUCUGCGUUGACUACGGCAUCACAGACUUCCGUGGCAUGCUGAAGAAACUGACUGAAAUGAAAAAAGAGAGAGAAGAGGAGAUUGCAGAGUUUGUCACACAAAUCAGUACACUCAAACAUAUUGAGGUCAAUGACGAUGACUGUGCUACAAUUGAGUUGGAUAUGGACCUCAAGGAUCCUAGCAGCAAACUUUUCCUGUACAAGAAUGGUGUCAUGGUUCCCUUCACCAAGGAAGACUGCGAGGGAAUGAAGCAUAGUUUGAAACAAGUUGGCAAAAAAUACAUAUUCACAAUUAAAAAACUGGGUACUGAAGAUGCUGGACUCUACUCAGUGGAUGUUGAGGGUGUCAAUGUAUUCUCCACAGACUUUAAAGUGCCUGAAGUUGAAUUUGCUGUCAAAAUACAAGAAGUCAAGGCAGAAGAACGAGAGGAUGCCCUCUUUCAGUGUGUGCUAAGUGCACCCAUGAAUGAGAUCAAAUGGUUUGGCAAAAAUGCUCCACUGUCAAAUGGAGAGAAACAUGAAAUCAUUGUAUCUGAGGAUAAGCUUAUCCAUAAGUUGAUUGUGCGGGACUGUAUGCCAUUGGAUGCUGGUAUCUACGCUGCCGUGGCAGGAAUCAAAUCGUGCAAUGCCUGGCUUGUAGUUGAAACUGACAAAGAUCCCGCCAAUAAGGGCAAGAAGGCAGCUCGUAAAUCCACCAUGGCUGGAGGUGGCAAUGAUGAAGAUCUGGUGAAAAUAGCAAAGGAACAGCAAGAAAGAUAUCAGAAAGAAAUGGAAGAAAAAAUGGAAAUUGCCAAGAAAGCCCAAGAGGAGAAAGAAGCUGCAGAUGCAGUUGCCCGAGCCGAAGCAGAAGUAGCCAAAAAGGCCGAAGCGGAGGCCAAAGCUGCAGCUAAGGCUGCAGCCAAGGAGGCUGCAAGGGCAAAAAGGGCAGCAGCUGCCAAGGCUGCAGCUGCAGCAAAGAAAGCUAGAGAAGAAGCUGGUGGGGCCGGCUCUGCUGCAGGUGGUGCAGGGGGUGCUGGUGGUGCUGGUGGUGCUGGUGGUGCAGGGGGUGCUGGUGGUGCUGGUGGUGCUGGUGGAGCAGGAGCUGGUACAGGCGGAGGGGCUGGUGGUGGUGCAGGUGGAGGAGCAGAUGGGAGUGGAGCAGGGGCUGGAGGUGCCUAUGGUGAAGGUUUAGACUUUGAUGGAGAAGAUUUUGAUGGAGAAGAUUUUGAUUCAUUUGAAGAUUCUGAUGAAGAUUUUGAGGGAGAAGGAGGAGAAGGAGGAGAAGGAGGAGAAGGAGGGAAGGGAGGAAAAAGAAGAGGAAGAAAAGGACGGAAAGGAGGGAAAGGAGGAGUCGGAGGAGAAGGAGGAGAUGGAGAAGGAGAAGAAGAUGGAGAAGAAUGGGAAGAAGGAGGAGAAGGAGGAGAAGGAGGAAAAGGAGGAAAACGCAGGAAACGUGCGAAAGGUGGUGCACUUGUUCCGGAUACAGAAAUAGACCCUGGAGUCCACUUUCACGCUGGCCUGUCUGACUGCAAAGCCAUUAUUGGAGAGGCAGCAGAGUUGGAGUGUAAACUGAGCAGUGAAGACUGUGAGGGAAUCUGGUACAAAGACGGAGAAGAGAUUAAAUCAUCUGAGGGUAUCACUAUUACUAAAGAGGGAAGUUUCCACAGGCUGAAAAUUCACAAGGUCACAGAGGAAUUUAAUGGAACUUAUAAAUUUGAAGCAGAUGGACGGAAGACUGAGGCCACGAUUGCUGUUGAAGAUCCACCCCGAUUUGAUGCCGAGGAACUGGAGGCAUUUAAAACUCCUGUAACUGUGAAAAAAGGACACAAGGCUAUGUUUAAAUUGCCAUUUAUUGGACGGGAACCGAUAAAAGUUCAGUGGUACCUUGACGGUGAGGAGCUUUCGGAACAGUCCAACAUCAAGAUCGACAACGCAGACGGAUAUAGUACUUUGCUUCUGUUGAAGCUGCAGCGCAAGGACAGCGGUGAAGUGAAGAUGAAACUCAAAAAUGAGUUUGGUACUAUUGAGGCCAUCAGCCAGCUUGUUGUACUGGAUAAACCCACUCCUCCAAUGGGACCUCUGGAGAUUGUUGAAGCGUCCUCCUCUGCAAUUGACUUUAAGUGGAGACCUCCAAAAGACAGCGGUGGCUGCAAGAUAGGAAACUACAUCCUUGAACGACAACAAGUCGGUCGCAACACCUGGAAGAAAGUUGGUCCAAUUGGUCCGGAUGCCAAAUACAGGGACCUCGACGUAGACCACGGCAGGAGGUACUGCUACCGUAUCAGAGUGGAGACUGAAAUGGGCACCAGCGAGCUGAUGGAAACGGAGGACAUUCAAGCUGGUACUAAAGCAUACCCUGGACCUCCAUCAGCACCAAAGGUUGUCAGUGCCUUCAAGAACUGCAUUAAUCUGGCUUGGAUUCCCCCUUCUAACACCGGAGGAACCAAUAUUCUGGGAUACAACCUUGAGAAACGCAAGAAGGGCAGCAACCUGUGGGGCCCAGUCAACCCGCCCGACGAAAUGAUCAAAGGUAAAGGAUUUGGUGUAAAAGACGUGGUGGAGGGCAUGGAGUAUGAAUUCCGUGUGUCAGCAAUCAAUAACUCGGGAGCCGGUGAAUUCAGCUCACCAUCUGAGUUUGUGUUUGCCAGAGACCCUAAAAAGCCUCCUGGUAAAGUCAUUGACUUUAAAGUGACAGAUUCCACCUACACAACCCUGUCCCUGUCUUGGACCAAACCCAAGGACAUUGAGGGGGUUGAAGAUGAAGCCAAGGGAUAUUAUGUGGAAAUCAGGCCUGCUGAGAACACAGAAUGGGAUCGCUGCAAUACUAAUGCAAUAACCAUGAAUUCCUACACAGUAAAAGGCAUGAAGUCUCUGGCCAUGUACUGGGUGAGAGUCAUCGCUACUAAUGAUGGUGGAGAGGGAGAGCCACAGGAGCUGGAUAACUACAUCCUGGCUAUGCCCCCUCCUGUGAGGCCACGAUUCACAGAUGCCAAAAUCAAGACUUUCAUGGUGGUGAGAGCAGGAAAUUCUGCACGAUUCAACAUCAACUUUGAGGCAUCCCCUUGGCCCGAGGUAACCUGGCUGAAGGAUGGAGUGCCAGUGAGUAAAAAGGUGACCAUCAGCAAUGCAGAGGGCACAUCUCAGCUUCUGAUUCCUUCUGCUGAGCGCACAGAUACUGGAAUCUACACUAUCAUUGUCAAAAACAUUGUUGGCCAAGAAACAAUCAGUACUGAAAUCAGAGUCACAGAUGAGCCUAAGCCACCAGGUCCUGUGGAGCUUGAUGAAAACGUGCCUGGCACAGUGACCGUUUCAUGGACCCCAUCCCCUGAUGAGAAGCGUGAUGACAGACUGCACUACAUGGUGAUGAAGCGUGAUUCAAACAAGAGAACAUGGAACACGGUUGCAGAUCGAAUCUUCAAUAAUAAAUUCACAGCCUGCAACAUAAUGCCGGGCCGUGAAUACCAGUUCAGAGUCUACGCAAAGAACGACAUGGGCUCCUCAAAACCCUCCGAAUCACCAAAGUGGCUGAUUUCCUGCAAGAAAGAAAAGUUCAAAGUGAACAUGCCAGAAUCGAAGCCCUGUAAUCUCCAGUGUCCUCCCAAAUUCCUUGUCCCUCUAAAAAUGCACACUGCUCCUCAGGGCUAUGAAUGCUACAUGAGCUGUGCUGUGAAAGGCGAUCCAACACCUCAUGUGACAUGGCUCCGCAACAAUAUCAGUCUGAAUACCAACACUAACUACUUUAUCUCCAACACCUGUGGAGUCUGCUCUAUGCUCAUAUUGAGGGUUGGACCUAAAGACACCGGCGAGUACAAGAUUGUUGCAGAAAACUCUUUGGGGAGGGCAGAGUCCUCCACUAAGCUCACAGUCAGAGAAUAAAACAAUAAACACUCUGAAGAUGAUGGAAUUGCUCUAAAACCCAAAUUUAAGCCAAGAUUUUGGUAAUUGUAUCUUUCAGAAUGGAAACCCUGUCAAAUGGAGAAUGUAAUGCUAUUUAUUAAUGCUGGUGAAACCUUCUUUAUAGAUUUUUAAGUAUUUGAUUGACAAAUUGUUCAAAGUUAAAGUCACAAUAAGUCCUUAGGUCUGCAAAUGUUGCUGAAAUAAGUCACCAACAUGUAUUGUUGGUUUUAAUUUUGUAACAUCAAUAUAUGAAAGCAUGAAACCCAAUGGUGCAAAGUAUAACUAUGAUAUGUUAAACAGCAAAAUUAUGUGUUGAGACUGCAUAGCAGUGAUUUACUGAUUUAAAAUGUGUUGUUUAAAAGUGUUAACCUAAAGCUGAAGCAAUUAUCUGCUUGUGUUUUUUCAAAUAAUUUUCACAUCAAAGAUACUUCCACGUGUAUAGAAACUGUUCGCUUAAAAGAAAAAAAAAAACUAAGAUAAGAAAACAUAUUGAAAUGAAAUUUGUUUGCUACUGAUCCAUGUGACAGUAUGUUAUGCCUAUGAAGAUGUGUGUGGGUUUGGUAUAAAUAAAUAUUUCAUACUGCA